AUUUCAUUUCCCCUCUCUCUCCCUCCCUCUCUCUUUCUUUCUCUUUCUCUUCCUCUUCCUCCCUCCCUCCCUCCCCUCUCUGGCCCCGCAGCAGAGAUCAAUUCAUUUUCAGGCACACGCUGUGGCCACUCCUUCGCUCACAUCUUCAUUUCAGCAUGAUCGGCCGUCUCUCUUCUCCCUCCUCCUCGUGCCUGUCCCUCCUCAUCGCCGUUGCCCUCGUCCAUAUCCCGGUCUUGGUGCUUGCUCAGGACGCGGGGCCCUCGGUCUCACCCCACGAUCCAAGUCCCAUCUCGGACCCACCCAGCUCCUCAACCACCAGUCCUCUAACCACCACAAUCGACCCCACCGCCACCACCACUACUACUACCACUACUACCACCACUACUACCACGAUAAUCUCUGCUACUACUACAAUAUCUCCUACCACCACUACAAUCCCAAUAACGAUCCCAACCACAACCACGACAGACAUCCCCACCAUCAGCACGACCCCUCUUACAACCGAUACUUCCUCCUCAAGACCGCCCUUUACGCAGCCCGCAAACCCCUUCCCCUCCACCCUUACCCUCACCUCCUCUAUACCCUCCCAGUCCACUCUGCCCCCUUCUGGCGCCGGUUCCAAUGGCUCCUCGUCCUCGUCUACCUCCACCAACGUCCCCGUAAUCGUGGGGUCCGUUGUCGGUGUUGCUGCUCUCGCGAUCAUCAUUGCCACGUCCGUCAUCUGCUAUCGCCGCCGCCGUCGUAACAAUCGCGAGCUGACAUUCGAUACCCUGCAGGGUAUGGGUGCUUCCUCAUCGGGCGCUGAUAAGAGAAUGAGCCAUGGCUAUCUUACAAGCGGUAGCCCUACCAUGAGCGGAGGGGCUGGACUAAACAGUAUGACCUCGGGGGGAUACGAAGAUGGAUAUGAUUACGAGAUGCAGUCUAAUGCUGGCUAUCCUGUUCAGCAACCCUUCAACGGCGGGUAUGACAAUUAUGGCGAUUCCUCGCCCCACCAGGGCUAUCAUCCAAGUCCUGCCGUCUUCCAGGAGGACCAUCAUCUCCCAAUGACAGCUCAUUUUGCAACUGCAAGCUCUAUGGGUCGAGAUAGGACUGGGUUCGACCAAAACCUGCCCGAGGUCAUGUACAAUGGCGCCGGACCAAAUAAUCCAGCUACUACAGGAUACUCUAACGGGCACGACAUGAUUAUCGACGGUGCUUGGAACAAUGACGCACAACACGGCGGGCUCUGGGUCGCCAAUCCUGAGGCCCAGUACGCAGAGCACGAGAUGACCCAGCAUUCCGACGUUGGAUACCAUGAUUAUGCUUCCGGGGCAAUCGUACAAUCAAGUCCACAUUUCGCAGACGCAGUUCUGCAAUCAGCCCAGUCGUUGGACUCAACUCUUAUUGGAUCCCCCUCCCAGUCAAAGGCCGGCCACAGUACCAAUCCUCAGUGCUUGCCUGACUCGCCUCUUUUGCAAUCAGGCGCAUUGAGAAGCGGAGACAUUUUUUUCGGCCAGGAGGGUGGAUCAGGAUAUAUCUCUCCCAGAAUCACAUCCCCUAGGGCUGCUGCUAGGGAGCUUGGUUCCUCUGCUAGCCCGAGGUUGAUGAACAACCGCGAGCCCCGGAGCAUUGAGCUGUCCAGACAAUCGCCCAGCCCGAGGCCUUCGGGUGAACACAUCCAGAGCUAUGCGGCGGAGUAUGCCAACCGCGCCUCGGCUGAGCAUGGCAGAGGAUCGCCCUUGAAUAACCACAGUAAGAGCCUUCGCGCGCCUCGUCGCGAAGACUGGUCAUAAUCAAGGAUUAUCAUAUCUCACACCGUCUCAUAUACACACUUAAUGUAAAAUAAAGAACGUUUGUGACAGCACAUUUUCAUAUUGGUGGCAGCCAAACAGAAAACACUCGGAGGAGGAAGAGGGACUGAGCAACAAGUC